AUGUCCCUCAAACGCAACCGCGCUGCCCUUGAAGCCGAUCUUCAGGCGCAGCAAUCCCCAUACGCUUUCUUCGGAACCCCACUACCACCACUUGACGAGAGCGUGCGUGAUGAUGGCUCGUUUGUCCCAGUCUGGCAGCAAGAUGUGAGGGACGAGCAAGGAAGGAAGCGUCUUCAUGGCGCUUUCACGGGUGGAUUCAGCGCAGGAUAUUUCAACUCCGUCGGCUCGAAAGAAGGAUGGACGCCCGCGACAUUCGUCUCGUCUCGCCAAAAUCGCGCGAAGAAAGCAGAAGAACAACGACCAGAGGACUACAUGGAUGAGGAUGACCUCCGAGAACAGGAAGAGUCAAGACAAAUACAGACUGCAAACGAGUUCGCAGGCUUCGGAUCUACAGAAAAUGAUGCCACCCGUAGGGCAGGUCUCAUGGAUAUACUGAAAACUGGGGGAGAAACCAUGGGAGUUAAGCUUUUGAAAAAGAUGGGAUGGCGCGAAGGUCAAGGCAUUGGGCCCAAAGUGCGACGAAAAGCCAAUCUGGACGAGCGCUCUGCCCCAGGCGCUGAUGCAGAGACCUACCUUUUUGCGCCGGAAAACCCUCCCAUGGUGGCGUUCGUUCGCAAGACUGACCGCAAAGGUCUUGGCUUUGAAAGCGAAGCGCGCCUGGAAACUCACCCACCUAGCCAAGUCAGCCAUGACUCUGAGCAGACGGAUUCGUUCUUUGGCGGCCGUUUAGCCAUCCAAGACAAAUCCGGCACUUCGAAACGAAAGGAUUCGCGUCGAGGAGGAUUUGGUGUUGGUCCCCUUAACGAUACAGGCUCAGAUGAUGAGGAUCCAUAUUCAUUAGGACCACAAAUCUCAUAUAACAAGACCAUCGGAGGAGACAAGAAGAAAAAGAAGAAGGGCAAAACGGAGGAUGGAAAACCCACAAUCGCAUCCUCGAACCCCCUUUUGACCUCGAAGCCUGUAUUCAUAUCCAAGAAGUUAGCGGCUUCAAGAGGAACUGGCGGAUUCAGAAAAUGCCGUGAUGGACGUCUUCCGCUGGACGGGUUCGUUCUCGCCGACGGUAUCUCGGGUCUGUCAAUAUCCGAGAAAAAAUAUGAUCCUCCUACAAUACCAAGCGAUUGGAAAUCCGCCAAGGUCUCAUCAGAAAAACGGGGCCAGUCGAACUAUAUCUCAACAGCCGAUGCCGCGAAAGCCUCGUCACUUGAUCCGACAUCCAGAGCCGCACUCCUGGGCGAAGCCCAGCUGCCUGGAAAGUCCAUCUUUGAUUGGAUGACGCCGGAAGCAAGGGAAAAAAUCGCUAAACUUACAGGCAAUGCCAAUCUGCCUCCGGCCAUGGGAGAAAAAGCCCCCAAAGGAUAUGAACUUCCCGAAUCACAGAAACGGAAAGAUCUUUGGGACCUCGUGCCCAAGCUUGACAAGCAAGUUGCCGCCCAAGCUUUGGCCCGGGGCAUCAGUGGGUGGAUGCCCUAUCAGGAGGACGAGAAGAAGCGUGCGCGUUAUCGAAUCUUCUUGGAAGUUAGUGCUGGUACUCGAGAAACUCUCCCGGAAAGAGCAGAUGGCUACAGUACGAAUGAAUGGGUUACAGAAAUGCAAGAAUUUGGCCGAGCAGCGGAAGUGUUCAAGCCUAUAUCUGGUAUCAUGGCAUCCCGCUUCACUUCGGCUUCUUCCGCCCCCAAAGCAGCCUCAGAUGCCCCCGAUUCCGCGGACCCUCUUCUCAGCAAACCCGCCGAAAAGCCAGACAGCCCGGCAGUGGCCGCUGCUAAGAUUGGGAUGUUUGGGCACAUGACCCGAAGCACAGUUGACUUUUACCCAUCCCGACUCUUAUGCAAGCGGUUUAAUGUCAAGCCACCUUCGAAUGUGCAGUCUGAUCCCGGGGAGCGGUCUGGAGCCAACGCUUCGGGGCCAGGCACGCGCUUCCAAUCCGGAGGAUUUCAGGCUGAUGCGGGGCCUAAAGAUCUGGUGUCGCAGGAUGUUAUGAAUCAACUCCUGAUUGACUCGCUGGGCUACUUGCCCAAUGCUGAUGGCUCUGAUCCAGCUAAAACUGGCCAGGCCGUGCCCGCGAUACCACCCACAGUGAUUGAGCCAGAGCGGAAUGAAGCUCUGGAGGCUGAGCGUCCUGGUGAUGCAUUGUUCAAAUCUAUCUUUGGAGACUGA